AUGGCUUCCACAACUCCCCUCAAUGUGAUUGUGAUAGGCGCAGGGUCUACCGGGCUGCUCCUGGCACAGGGUCUGAAACAGAAUGGCAUUCCCUGCACGGUCUAUGAGCGGGAGGACCACACCACCUAUCAGAACCGUGCUCGCGAGUGGGGGAUGACCUUGCACUGGGGAGCCGAGUUUCUCUCCAAGUUCGUCCCGCCCGAAUUGGCGGACCACAUCGACGCGAACAUCUGCUGUGACCCGUUCUUCAAGGGCAAGGUUACGUCGCUACCCAUCUACAAUGGCGCCACGGGCGAGAAGCUCUUUGAGAUGGAGGGCAUGGACCCCCGGCGAGUAUCCCGCAAGAAGCUGAGGACGUUUCUGAGCCAGGGCAUCGACGUCCAGUACGGGAAGAAGUUGGCGUCCGUCACCGUCGAUGCGGGUGAGUCGGUGACGGCCGUGUUCGACGACGGUACCAGUGCCUCUGGUUCUCUCCUGGUGGGCUGCGACGGGGCCCAUUCGACGGUGCGUAGGUUCCUCGUGGGCGACGAGCUGGCCAAGGAGGAAUACAUGGACAUCCAGAUGUUCAACGUCAGCUGCCGCUUCCCCAGGGAGACGGCCGAGUACCUGCGGUCGAUUCACCCGAUCUUCAAGCACAGCUACCACCCGGACAACUUCUCGUGGUGGAACUCGAUCCAGGACGUCAGCGACCCGGACCGGCCCGAGACGUGGCUUUUCCAGAACCUGCUGUCCUGGCCCGGGGCGCCACGGCCCGAGGACCUCCCGGACCAGGCGUCGCGGCUCCGGUUCUGGCGCGACCGCGUCGCCCGCUACGCCGAGCCCUGGGCCACCAUCGGCCAGCACCUCCCGGACGACCUGGUCUUCCCCACGGACCGCACUGUCGUGUGGAAGCCCGACAUGGACUGGACGCAGAGCCCGCUGUGGCCGCGGGUGACACUGGCGGGGGACGCGGCGCACGCCAUCCCGCCCUUCCGCGGCCAGGGCCUGAACAAUGCGCUGCAGGACGCGGCGAAGCUGGUCGACGAGCUCGGGGCCUUGCUCGCCGCCGGUACCAGACACUCCUUGCGCGAGGCCGUCGCCGCCUACGAGGCCGAGAUGAAGGAGCGCGCCCUGCUCGAGAUGAAGGUUAGCAUCCUCCAGGCCGAGACCGUGCACGACUGGGACAGGCUGAUGGAGGCGCCUAUGAUCAAGCACGGUAUGAACAAGUACAAGGAGGAUCAGGGCGCGGAAUAG